AUGUCAUGCACACAGAGGUCAAAAGGAAAAGGGGAGAGGCAGAGCAAAGGUCAGACUCCACAGGAGUAUAACUACUUAUUGAGUGUGAAGAGAGGCAAGUGUGAGGAGAUGCAGCAAAACGGCGUAUCACAGCAUCCUCUGGACAUGGCAGCUGCCCCUGAGCCAAAGCUGCUGUGCAUAUUUGGGACCGGGGACCUGGGGCGCUCACUGGGCCUCCGUCUGCUCCAGUCUGGCUAUGGAGUUGUGUGUGGCAGCAGAAGACCACACAGCUGUGGCCCUUUGCCGCAGGGAGCUCAGGUGAUGACCCAUGCAGAAGCAGCCCAGUCUUCUAACCUGAUCUUUAUUUGUGUUCACCGUGAACAUUAUGGCUUCUUGACAAAAUUGGAGCAUCAUCUUAAAGGGAAGGUAUUGGUGGAUCUCAGUAACAACCUGAAGAAAGGCAUAUACCCAGAAUCCAAUGCUGCUUACUUGCAGAGGCUGGUUCCCAGUGCUGCUGUGGUAAAAGGUCUUAACACGCUGUCUGCCUGGGCCCUGCAGAAUGGACUUUUAGCAGGAAAACUGGUCUUCCUGUGUGGAGAAAGUGGAGAAGCAAAGCAGGCAGUAGCACACCUGGCUACCAAACUGGGCCUCACUGUUCUGGAUAAAGGCUCUCUGUCAGCAGCUAGAGAGUUGGAGGACUUCCCCCUGAAAUUGUUCCCGGAGUGGAGACUGCCUUUGUCCAUAGCUGUUGGCCUCACUGCUUUCUUCUUCUUCUACCUGCUCAUUAAAGAUGUUAUCUACGCUUAUGUUAAAAAGAAAGAUGAUAUCUCAUAUCGAAUUAUGUUGUCCCUGGCCAACAAGGUGUUUCCAAUUGUGGCUCUUGUUAUGCUGUCUCUCUGUUACCUUCCUGGAGAGAUUGCUGCUUUUUUUCAACUCUUCGGAGGGACCAAAUACAGGCGUUUCCCUAACUGGCUGGACCGCUGGAUGCUUUGCAGGAAGCAGAUGGGUCUUGUUGCACUUGGCUAUGCUUUUCUGCAUGCCAUCUAUUCAUUCAUCAUUCCUAUUCGCUAUUCUGAAAGGCACAAACUCAUUUCAGGGGUGGUGGAUGAGGUACAGCAAGCUGGUCCAAACCAGUUUGAUAACACUGGGGCGUGGGGCACAGACUCGUUUAUAUCUCUGGGAAUCCUGGGAUUUUUCCUUUUUGUCCUGUUAGGACUAACAUCCUUGCCCUCUGUGGGCGGAUCCCUCAGCUGGAGAGAAUUCAACUUUAUUCAGUCUAAUCUAGGACAUCUCACUCUGUUCAUUUGCACGGCUCACGGCUACAUCUAUGGCUGGAAUAAAUUUAUCAAAGCCUCAACCUACAAAUGGUACACGCCUCCAGGCUACAUGCUCUGUCUGAUCGUACCUUCUGUGGUGUUGCUGCUCAAGUUACUUCUUCUCCUUCGAGAAGACAAGGCUGGGAACGCAGAUGGUCACUCCGGAGUAUAA